AUGGGACGCCAACGCAGCCGGAGCGAUGUCGCCUCGACGUCUCCCAAGAUUAGGCGGUUGAGCAACGCGCUGCGCAAGAUAUCAAGCAUCAGCUCGGCAAAGGACGACAGGCCUCCUACGGUGAGAGAAACUCCACUCCUAGAAGUCCCACACACUAAAUCUUUGCCAUCUGCACUUCUCUCCUCAAGCCACUACCCAUUCACUGCCCUUGACGUUACGAUGGCGAUGAGACGCUCGAGCUGUCGGACGCCGCUUACACUGCGAGAACAGAGGCAUGGCGGCGAUUUUGAGUUUGGUGGAGAGCCGAUCGAGGGGGUCUCCUCCCGUGGGUCCAGCUCCGCCGGCGCCGCGGAUGAAUCGGACGUCAACCUCCGCCAGAUCCAACAAUUGACGCAACGAGUCGGCUCGACGCUCUCGAGCAAGGACGCGGACGCUGCCUAUAAAGAAUAUGCCAAAGUCAAGGACCAUGCAGCCCUAUGUCGGACCUUGUUGCGUAGUCCCACAACCGCACCCACCUCGUCCGGGCAGGGGCCCGGGCAGGCGACCGGAACGUGGGUGGAAGGCCGGGGGCCGUCACGAGAAUCGUCACUAGAGGUGCCACAGAGCCCUGCAUCGGCCAAUACUCGAUCUUCCUUCAGCGGGAGGAGCCUUUCGGAAAUGACGACCAGCCAGAGCCUUGGGCAACAUCGCGGGCCGACCCGGGAGGUCUGCCUGUCUGCCGUCCGCGAGUGGAAGAGGUGCAUUGAGUCGCUGGUGGAGGCGCUUGAACUAUCGCUAUCAGAGACGUACGGAAACUACGAACCCGAUGCCACGCCAAAUAUGGUGAAAUCCCUUUUCCAAGAUAAAGCAUUCCGUGCCGCCGCAAUUCAGCAGAUGAGAAGGACCAGCAUCGUCAAGACGUUCUCACCAAACCCGGACUUUUUCCCACUUUAUGACAUACGGUUCAGGAACCACGAUCGAGCCAAGCAAGAUCUCGUCGAGAUCACGCGCACCCUCCAGCUGGGAGAAUCCGGGGUCACGGACGAGAGGCCUGUGAAGGAGCUCAAUGUUUCGCCUCGCGGGGAUGCCGUUCUCGAGUUUGCGAAUAUCGGAGCCGAGGCACUGCCCGUGCUCAGGUUUCGCGUCUCUUCCUUUUUACUCGCGGAAACCUCGCCCAUAUUUGAGAGAAUGUUCACCGAGCAUGCGCACAUAGAAAUCCACGACAACGAAGAUGUGGCUGACCAGUUGGCGCCUCCCCCGACUUCGUACAUCUGCGACGAUGGCACCGAGGCGAAGCUCUACCGCAUGCCGCAGUUGGAACGUGAUCGAGAGCAGGCGCUGACGAUUCUUCUGCGUGCGGCACACAUGCAUAAUGAUAAGAUCCCGAGGGACGUGACCUUCGAGCAAUUCGUCGCCAUCGCUGAAGUGUGUCUGAGAUAUCGAUGCACGUCGCCGCUCGAGCUGUUCGUCGAGCACAGGUGGCUGCCGCAGUGGAUUCAUAAGGGGAGCGAAGCCAUGCCCGACGGCUGGCUGCUCAUCAGCUACGCUUUUGGGUUCCGGCAGCUGUUUACACGCAUGUCCAAGACGGCUAUCCUGAACCUUGUUGAUGAGGAGGAGCUAAGGGCCAUGUCGUGGCCGCAGAGGAUCAAGGAUAAGAUUUGGGGUGUGAGGGGGGCGAAGAUGGCGCAGGUCCAUGAGUGCUGCGUGAAUGUUAUACGGGAGUACCUGCGUCCACCUUCCAGUGCCGUCGAGCAAGAUCGCGCCACGGUUCCCGCGGUUCCGCUCAAGGGUCCUUUGCAGGUCAGGAACCGCUCGCCGGUGAGCUCAAAACUCCCAGCCGAAGCGUCAUCUACGGCCACCGUCCCCGCCUUGAUGUUCACCAGCACUCCCAGGUGCCCCAAAGGAAGUCACGGCUGCGACGCGACGAAUCUCGGCUGGCUCAUGCUAAUCUACGGCGAACUCCAGCUGCUGCCCACCAUCAUGAACCCCUCAGUGCUCGGGCACCUGGCCGGCGGCGACCAGCAGCAGCAGCAGCAGCACUCACCACCUCGUAGGAGCCUGGCGCAGCUCGUCAAUCUGCUCCGGACUAUGGCGAGCUCGCCGCUGGCGAUCCAUAAGGGCGGGGUGUGCGACCCUGCGCCGCCGUUCCGCGCGGCAAUUAAUGAUAUCUAUAAUAGCGUGUCCGGGUUGACGUUGCAUGAUGUCAGCGGGCGGGCUCACGGGUGGGGGCUGUCGAGGCAUCGGUCUACGCAGCCGCAGGCCGUGUUGCACAGGGGGUUGAGGAAUUUCUCCUCUGGUAAGAAGCCGGAACUGGACGCAGAACAAGGGCAGAGCAAUAUUCUGGAGUGGUCGGACGCGCUUCGGCUGUUGAUCUUGGAAAAGUGCGUGGACAGCCUGGACGACUUGCGUGCCGCGGCGAUGGUGAAUCAGAGGUUUUAUGAGACGUUUCGGAAGAACGAGGUGGUGCUUAUGAGGAGGUUCGUCGGGGACCAGAGGCUGAGGACGUUGAUGAAGUUGACUUCUAUGGACGUUGUCGCGGGCGGGGAGGAUAAGGUGCCGAGGGAGGAGGCGGACGUGAUGAAGGCGGAGGCGAAGGCUGCCCACGGUGUAGAGGAUGUCGUCUCUGUCGAUGAGUGGGGACGUGAGCGGCUAGCCGGAGACGGUGGAACACGAGUGGGAAAUCAGCUGGACCAGGGGCAGGGCGCAGAUGAGACUGUCGCGAAUGUGUUCUUGGCGGUCCCCUCUUCGCCUGCCGGGGGCGGCGCUUCUGCGUUUGAUGAUAAUUCGUCGUCGGAGGAGGAGAUGUUGAGCGAGGCUGAGGCGCGGCGUAUAUUAUGGCCGCCGGAGGUGACAGUCUCGCCGGCGCGGAAUUCUUCUUCCUCACCACAGCGGCAGGCUCUGGGGUCCGGAUCCGAUAUAUCAGCGGAGGAUGGUAUUAUGAGGGAGAAGUUUCGGACAGGUGAUGCUGCGUUUGUGGAGGAGAAGAUGCUGUUGGAGGGGGAGGAUAAGCAUCUUAGGGAUGAGCGGGAUAGGAGGGUUGGGCUUAUGCGUGGGGAUGGGUGA